AAAGAACUAUAAAAGGGUUAGAACUUCCACCUUGAUCAUCUGUCAUCGCGCAAUCUCAAAAGUCAAUCACACAAUAACACCAUUAUUCACCACAUAUAUCUUUGAUAAAAAUCAGAAAUCAUGAAGUUCUCAUACGCUGCUAUUGUUCUCGGAGCUGCCUCUGUCGUAUCAGCUCAAAGUGCUGCCUGUACAGCAGCUGUGGCCGCUGUGCCCGCUUGCGGCGCUUCUUGCAUCAAUGCAGCCGCUGCGACAUAUUGCGCGGCGGACGACUACGCUUGUGAAUGCGCAGCUGCCACCUUUUCCAAGAUCGAAAGUGACGCUACCAAUUGUGUUAUUACCAAUUGUGGAGCUACCGUCGCACUUCAAGUCUUGAGCGCUUCCAAUGCCGUUUGUACCGCCUGUGCUUAAGCUUGCACUUUUGUGGCCUAUGGGUCAUUCAAAGUCCUUGUAUGGGUUGAGGGGAUAUGGUGGUGUUUGGUUUGGCUGUGGUUUGGAUAAAAUGGCAAUCAAUGAUUGAACCUCAUGGGUGGAUAAUUGUUGUCCAUUGAAAAUGAAAUUUGAAGUGUCUGAAAACCAGAAACAACUGAGAUCCCGCUGCCGUGAAUUUUUUCCAGAAUCAUACUUACUCAAGACGAUCUAGCAAUGGAGAAUUCCUCACUC